CGCUUCAGAACAUUGCCCCGCCUUGUUCUUCCAUCUACACGAACACGAAGGACUGCAAACCGAAGCUUCAUAGUUGGAAACAUGGAUCCUGAAACAGCGUUAGAACUUGUGAAGCAUGGAGUCACUCUUCUCCUCCUCGAUGUUCCUCAGUAUACCCUCGUCGGAAUCGAUACUCAGAUGUUUUCUGUGGGACCUGCUUUUAAGGGUAUUAAGAUGAUCCCUCCUGGUCCUCAUUUUGUCUAUUACAGUUCUUCAAGCAGGGACGGCAAGGAGUUCUCACCAAUAAUUGGGUUCUUUAUUGAUGUUGGUCCUUCAGAGGUAAUUGUUCGAAAAUGGGAUCAACAAGAGGAAAGGCUGAUAAAAUUAUCCGAGGAAGAGGAGGAAAGAUACCGUCAAGCAGUUAAAAAUUUGGAGUUUGACAGACAUCUUGGGCCAUACAAUCUUAAUCAUUAUGUAGACUGGAAGCGAUUAUCUAAUUUUAUUUCAAAGAGUGUGAUAGAAAGGCUAGAGCCCAUUGGAGGUGAAAUCAAUGUUGUACAUGAGAGUGGGAUGGUUGGAAACACUCCAAAGACGCCAAUGGAGAAGGCUCUAGAAAAGCAACUUAAGGCUAGUAAGUUUGCAACAUCAGCUGACAAGUCUCAGAGUCAGAGGAAAGGAUGCUACUAUACAUCUGUUCCCAGCGUUAUAAAAUGUAAAGGGAUGCAAGGACAAGAACUUACUUCUUUGAAUCUUGACAAGACACAAUUGUUAGAAACUCUGCUGGAAAAAGAUUAUGGAGGUUCUGAGGACUUGCUUCUUGGAGAACUGCAGUUUGCAUUUGUUGCCUUCUUGAUGGGGCAAUCACUUGAAGCUUUUCUCCAGUGGAAGUCCUUAGUUAGCCUUUUUUUAGGCUGCACUGAAGCACCCUUCCAUACACGGAGUCAACUAUUCAAAAAGUUCAUAAAGGUAAUCUACUAUCAACUAAAAUAUGGACUACAGAAAGAUCGCCCAGAUGAAACAGGGCCAGCAUUGUUGGAUGAUUCUUGGUUUUCUGCCGACAGCUUUCUGCACCGUCUUUGUAAGGAUUUCUUUUCUCUGGUUCAAGAUGCCUCUGUUGUUGAUGGAGAUCUUUUGUCAUGGACGAGAAAAUUCAAGGAGCUGCUUGAGAGCAGUCUGGGAUGGGAGUUUCAGCAGAACAGUGCCGUUGAUGGGAUAUAUUUUGAAGAGAAUGACGAGUAUGCUCCUGUAGUGGAGAUGAUGGAUGAUGAACCUCCGGCCUCAUAGAGAUUAUGUAUAUCACACACACACAAACCAACAUCUGAGAGUUAAUUAUGACGUGGAAUUUCAAUUUGUCCUAACCUGCUGUCAUGACAUGACUUCUGGGAAAUUCCAUGUAUUUACAUUGUACAGUAGAAUGCAAUAACAUUCUUGGAAAUGAAGCAUUUUAGUAUUUUGCUUGGUAUAUUUAAAGAGUUGGUCGAUGUGAGAUCCGUGUAACCACCCUCAUGAAUGAUACAAGGUUUGUUGUUAUUGUUAUUAUUGCUGCUGCUGCUGACCGCAUGGGCUUCCUGAAGAUGCAGUCAGCAAAAUUCUGUAAAAUGGCUUUUAUUUGGCUCUUGAAGAUAAUACAAAGAAGCUUGCAUGGUUUGAUUCAAUUUUGAAAAUGUGCGGUGCCCACAAUUACAGUAUUUUUACUGGAAAUUGAAUUUUUCCUUUUGGAAAAUUGGUAAACAGUAGUCAGAGACGCCAGACAGUUAAUUCUACCCAA